GACAACCCAUUGGAAAAUAUGACAAACUUGCAUGGGAAAUAUAUCUGCCUGUUGUGCCACCUGCUCGCAGUGGUUGGAUCUCUAAGCAUGCCUGAUGAUGCGGAAGUAGAUUGCACAGUGAAUGGGACCCUGGCCGUGUGUCCCGGCGCCUGUCCGGAGACCUGUGAAUUUGUGAGUGAAACCUGUUCGAACGAGUGCGGUGGACCGUGUGUGUGCCGGGAGGGUUACAUUAUCGAUGGUGAUCGGAAGAUCUGUGUCCUCAAAUCGGAUUGUCCGGCGGAGCUAAAGCAGACCACAAUACGACGACAUUAUCCUGUGAAUAUCAAAUACUUUGGUUCAUAUUUAAUCUUUAACGACACCACGGACUAUAAAAGCAGGGAAGUGCGCAUACCCUCGACUUGAUACCCUCUCAGAUUU